GUGACAAGUUGCAUUGGUUUCAAUUGAUUUUAUUCUUUUGUAUUGCUUUUAUUUUUGUUACAUGUUUUUAUCUGUAAACCCUCCAGGGAGCUCUAUGGGCAAUGGGACAGUAUAUAAAUGAAACAAAUAGAUGAAGUCUGACUGUUUGUGCUUAGAAUUACUUCCUGGGCAAGCAGCCAUCGUGAAGACUUGCUGGGUAUAGCAGGGGCCCCGGGGUGAAAAGCAGCUUUGUAAAACUGAGGAAUGUUGCCCCAAAGGUGUAGCGCAGCAGCUGCUGUCGUGGUGCAUUUGGUAGUCUCCUUCAGAAGCCAGGAGCAGUGCUAGGCACCACCAAGAUCUGGGCCUCAAGACCACAGGACAAAAAAAGCACAAAUCUGCAUAUGCUUAUUUGCAUAUACUUUGAAGUCUCAUUUUGUUGUUCAAGGAUCUUGGCUUCUAAGGACACCCAUUUCUAAAAAAGGGUUGUACGGACGGGGGGUUCCGAGGGAAACCUCAGGCAGAAAGGUGCAAGUGAGAUGAGGCCCGUGUGGGCCAGCAGCAACGUAAUCUGGGGGGCUCAGGUGCAACAGUGUUUCAGGCCCCCUGGAGUUUUAUUUCAGCAAAGGCGCAUUUUCAGCAGCUUGGUGGGGCAGGGAGCCCCCAAGUGCUUCAGGGCUCUGAAUGAAAUAUGUGAAACUUCAGCCCUAGUAUGCCACUUCCCAGUAGUGCCCUUGGUUCCCAUGAUCCCUCAUUGUUGGCUGUGCUGGCUAGAGCUGAUGAGAGCUGUCGGACGAUGCCUGUGGAGAGCUGCAAGCUGCCCAUGCCAGUCUUAGGGUUUAUUUGCAGGUAAGGCUAGUGGAGGAAUGUUCCUCGAAGAGGAGAAGUGGGAGGGGCUCCCCUAAUACAGGUAGGGCAGGCAUGUUGUCUCCUGCAAAGAUGGUACACAUCCUGCAGAUUCUGAGAUGACAUUGUCAAGCCCGCUGCUUUGGCACAAGCCAAAAAAAACUACAUUCAUAUGAAUUGUGCAAACGGUUGAAAUAUGUGCUUUGACUAACAUGAGGUAAGGCUUCCCAGCUGAGAAGCAGCCCUAAAUUCUGCUCACUCAAAGGCACAGCUGGUCCUUGUCUGUUAUUCAGCCUAAGCAUCUUCUAUUUAUUCUAAAUUUUAGACUACCAGGUAGGUUGGAAGAUGUGUGUACUUGUAAUUUAAACAAAGGAGCAAACAAAAACACUUGAUUGUUGCCACCAAUGUGUGUCCACGGUGUGAUCCAGUUCUACACCCAGACUGGUUGCUGCAGGGUGCCAUUCCAGAAAUACUUACUUUGGCUUUCUCUGCCCCACAGGUCAUCCAGCAGUCCAGCAGGAUUGGCCUUUGGCCCUGGAAGCAACCUCCGCCUUCAGCAGACACAGCACCAGGUCGAUGAGGUGGUGGAUAUCAUGAGAGUCAAUGUGGGCAAGGUCUUGGAAAGGGAUCAGAAACUGUCAGAGCUCGAUGACCGUGCAGAUGCCUUGCAAGCUGGAGCAUCCCAAUUUGAAAGCAACGCUGCAAAGCUGAAAAGAAAGUACUGGUGGAAGAACUGCAAGAUGUGGGCCAUAUUGAUUGCAGUAGUGGUGAUUCUCUUAAUUAUAAUCAUCGUUUGGAGUACGUCCUCAUGAACUGUUGGCAAAAACACCAAAGCUGAAGCUGUAUCAACAAGAAAUGUCAGUUUCCUACAUCUAAUUUGCUGCCUGGCUAAGUUUCCCUCUGGAUAUACACAAAUCAGUCAUUUUGGAUAGAAGUGUUAACUAUUGUAAUUUAUUGGCAAUGUGCCUUUAUUUAAAUGAAGUCCUUCAACUUACAAUAUAAAUGCAGUUAUGCCUGGUUGGGGCUGCCAAGAGCCAUGUAAGAAAAUCUGGGAGAAAAAUUUAAGGUUUCAGAAUUUGAUGUGUUGAGAUGACCACUGCCUGCCUAUAUUUUUAACAAAUUGUGCCUUUCUGGGUGUGGAAUGUGGAGCAGUUCUCAUUUGUGCCAUUUAUUCUCUUAUUCACAAUUUAUUCUCUUAUUCACAAUUGUGCCAUUUUAACAGCUGUUUCCUUAAUUAGGUAACAGCUAGUUCUUGAUUGGAGAGAACUUCUGUCCAUUCUACACUGCUUUUAAACUCUGUUGUAGGGAAGUUGUAGUACACUGAGCACUUAAAAUAACCACCAAGACUUCCUGGUUAUAUUAAAGAUGAAAAGCACAGUAUGGCUUGUGCCCUUUUCUCGGUACUGCCACACCUUCAUGCCUUACCACUUGGACCUCAACAAACGUGACAACGUAUACUUUAUCUUUUUGUAAUUCUGCGUAUACUUGACUAAAGCUUCUGAGCUUUUUCUGGGAAAAGUUGCAGGAAAGACGUUCCUCAGCAUACCAGCAAGAUGUUCUUUAUUAUGAAAAGGGUGUAAAAAACAACUUAAAGAUACCUUGUUUUUGCUGAGCUCUUCUCUCUCUUGAGUUGCCCGUACAGCCAUAGUAUGCCCUUUUGAUGAUACCAUCUUUUUUUUUUCCGAGAAGGCUGAUGCGGGAGCUCCCUUCACCCAACGUACCACAGUCCUGUAAUGGGCAAACCUGCACAUGGUUACUUGCCUCACUCCCCAACUUCUUUCAUCCCGUAGAACCUUUUGUCCCCUUUUCCCUUGGAGGCCCAAACCGCAGCAACAGCGAUAGCAAGAGAGCUGGCCCUGCAAACUGUUCUGCCAGUGUGGCCAAAGGCGCCUCAUUUUCUUAUAUCUGCAAUGCAAAUUAAGAAACACUUGUAAUGUUUGUAAUCUGUUAUUUCUGAAGAAAGGGCAUGAAUGUUAUGAUUUAAAACUGUGAAGGUUCUGCUCUUCCUUCAUAAAAAAUGAUUAUGUACACAUUGUUAGCAGUACAGUUAUUAGUUAUCUAAACUUUGUGCUUAGCCCAAUUCAGGAAUGUCAGAUUCAUAGGUUUGUGAGACUUAAUAUAUUUUUUCUAAUACCUCAGUCUUAAUUAUUGAUUUCUGAGCAAGUGUGUUAGCAGAAUGUUUCAUACUCAUAGCAGGGAAAGGGGAGGCUUCAUUACAACUGCUUAAUAAAAGUGGAUUGUAAGUCUCA